GUGCAUGUUACCAAUGGAAUGUAGCGUGUGGACUUGCUCUAAAAGCAGUGCUGACGAUGAUCUGCUCCCGAAUGUACAGUCACUACAGAAUCAGCUGAGAAGAACCGAAAAAAACCUCCAGACUGUAGAGAAAGCGCUUUGCAGUGAACAUUACAGCUACUGCUUCGAUGAGGUGAUAGACGUCCCUCGGGAGGACUUUGCACAGCCAAAUUACAAUUGUCAAGGCUUUUCCGGCUGUAAGAAGAGUUAUGGUAGGACAUCUCACCAGGAUUUUCAAAGAAAAUCCAAAUCUUACUCGGUAUCCACAACUUUGGAUAAAACUGUGGAAGAAAACGAACAUCUUCAAGAGAAGUUGGAUGCCCUUCAUGAGCAAAAUGUAUCUUUGACUUCUCAGAAUCACUACCUAAAGGACAGAGUGGAAACAAUGAACUUUGAAUUGAUGCAGUCAAAAACAAAAAUUUCAUAUCUUGAGGCCGCUUUAGCUACACACUUAGUCAGCAUUCCGAAGCUGAAAGAACAGAUUGUAAAUUUGGAAGCAGAAGUUUCAGCUCAAGAUAAGAUUCUGAAAGAUGCAGAAGAUAGACUAGAUCAAAGUCAGAAAACAGCAAUGGAAAGAGAACACAUUUUGCAAAGAUAUCAAAACAGCUACAAAAAUCUGAAAAUUGAAUUAAUUGAACAAAGCAAGCAAGGAAAGAGAGCACAACAGCAAAGAAAUGAAGCUUUGUUGAAUGUGGAGGAGCUGACAAGAAAUUUCACGAAGUUAAAAGCAGAAAUAACUGACAAAUUAGAAAAGGCUAAAGCUGAAGAAGUAAUCUUGGGAGAACGUUUAAUUAAUUGUGAAAAAGAAAAUGAGAAGUUGAAUCAAAAGUGUAUCAGCUAUAGAAAGAAUAUAGACAUCUUAGAAGAGCAACUAAGACAAUUAAAAAAAGAGAAUCACAACACAAAAGAAGAAAUUAAAGCUCUAGAGGCAAAGAACACUGAAAUUAUAUCAAUGCUGAGUCAGUCUGAUCAGAAAAUCAUCAAGCUUGAGAGUGAACUUUCUGAAAAAAAAGUAGUACUUGAAGAGAAAAAUGCUCUGAAAAGUGAAAAUGAAGAGCUGAGAGCACUUACUGCACAGCAACAAAACGACUUGAAAUUAUGUUGUCAAGAAAUAGAAGAUUCAAGGGAAGAGGUCCACAUACUAGAAACCAUUAUUUCUCAGUUGUCUUUAAGUACAUCUGAAGAGUUUAAAUGGCACAAUUUCAAACAUCAGAUGUUGAGUUCCUCAACAAAAGAAGCUACCUCUGAAUCUUGUAGUGAAUCAAGUAAACCUUUGAUUGCAGACCUAAGCAUUCAACUGCCAAUGAAAGAAGCAGAAAUUCAAAAGCCUGGUGCAAACUUCACUAUCUGUAGUGGAGCUGAGCAUCUUUCUAACAGUAAUGAAGGACAAGACAACAGCAGGUUAUGUGACCUGGAAACAGAACCUGUCAAAUUGAUCAGAAAUCCAGGAGAGAGAAGAAAUUGUCAACAGUUGGAACUUAUAAGCAAACAGUUUGAAAAGGUGAGGCAAAAAUUCCAGAAAGAGAUAGAAGAGCUACACACGAAACUGAUAAAAGCAGAUGAAGAGAAUUCUGCCUUGAGGACUAGCAUGGCUCAAAGAACCAGUCAGUUUCAAAUCAUACAGGAAGACCUAUUGAAGAAGGCUUCAAAAGCUAGUAGCUUAGAGAAAGAAAUAAGAAAGAAAUCUUCUCAGCUUUCUGCACUUGAGAAACAGUUAGAAGAAAAGACUGUUGCUUAUUCCACUGCUGCAGACAGAAAUGCUGAGUUGGAACUGGAACUCAUGGGAAGGAACAGAUGCAUUCAUGAGCUGGAAACAGUUAUCAGUGAAGAACAUGAGAAAAUAACUUCUGCUUUUGAAAAUGAAAGGUUGCUUCACCUUGAGCAGCACAAAGAGAUGGAGAAACAGAUUGACCUACUUCGGACACAGCUUGAGAAGAAACAUCAACAGUUCAUUGAACAAGAGAAAAUAAUAUCUAUUUUACAGCAACAAGUUGUACAUAAACAGCAUCACAUCAAAUCAUUGGAUGGGCUGCUAAUAGGAAACAGAGAGGAAAUGGAAAAUCAAAAUGUCAAGAAAGAUCAAGGAUUGAAGAUGCUGGAAAAUCAGUUAACAGAAGAAAAAAUCAAAGUGCGACAACUUGAGUCAGCACUAAAAGUAUGUAAGGAAGAAGUUGCACUGUAUUUGAGGCAGUCACAAGAAAAUAAGGAUAUGUUUGAAAAUCAGCUGAAAGAAAAGUCUGAAGAGCUUCAUUAUUUACAGAGAGAAAUAAAAAUAAAAGGUCAGAAUAUUCAGGACAUGAGUGAGCAAAAUAUUCUCCUGCAACAAACUUUGCAUCAUCAGCAGCAAAUGUUACAGCAAGAAACUAUCAGAAAUGGGGAGCUGGAAGACAGUCAAAUUAAACUUGAAGAACAGAUAUCCAGUUUGGAAAAAGAGCUUCAGAAGCAGAAGGCAUGUGCAGAAGAGGAGUUGAGAAAGGUGGAGGAAAAACUGUGCCUAGCUGCUCAGGAGGCAGAUUCAAAGGGACAGAAGAUGGAGGAACUUAAGUGUACAAUCAGACAGGUUAAACUGGAGAUGGACCAGUGCAAGAAUAAACUUUCUGGCAUGGAAGAAGAAGUAAUGCAAUUAAAACGAGAUGGUGCAAACAAAGCACUGCAGAUAAAUCAGUUGGAUAUCACUCUGGAAGAAACAAGAUCAGAGCUCAAUAAAAAGGCAAAUGAAGUGAAUGAUUUAGAAGAUAAGCUUCUUCAAACUCAGACUUGCCACAGGGAAGCCUUAGAGAAAAUAGCAGAACUGGAAUCUGCAUUACAGAGUGCACAGUACUCUCUGGAGGAGAAGAACAUUGCUAUCAUGGAUCUAACAACUGAGCUCAGGUAUUGCAAGGAUGAAAUUGAAGACAAAACGCAGGAACUCCUUGACAUGGACCAAGCACUAAAAGAAAGGAAUUGGGAACUGAAACAGAGAGUAGCUCAGAUUACACAAUUGGAUAUGACAGUUCGUGAACAUAAGGGAGAAAUGGAGCAACAAAUAAUUCAAUUACAGUCCAGUUUAGAGAAGUCUGAGUUAGAAAUUAAGGAAUGCAAUAAACAGAUUGAGAGCUUAGAGAAAAAACUCCAGCAUACUAAAGAUGAGCUUCGUGAAAAAAAGUUUGAAUUGCUCCAGAGAGAUCAGAAAAUAAAUCAGCUGAAGAAAAAAAAACAUGAAAGAGAAUAGCAUAGCCUAGAAGCUCUUGGAAAGGUACAAGAACUGCAGAAAUGAGUGCUGCUGCCCAUUGGACAAGCAGCAACCCGGGAAUGCUGUUGCUGGCACCAAAACUGAGCAUUGAAAGAGGACAUUUUAAAGUUGUAUUUCUAAAUAAGGGAUGUAGUUAUUUGUACCGAAGCAGAUGACAACAUUUUUAUUUUUUCAACUGUCACUGAGAUUAUUGCCUUCAUAUAAUAACAUAUUAAUUUAUCUUUUAUACUUCAGAAUAAAAUUUAAGUUGUAGGGAUUAAUUUUAGCUGUCAUUUUUUUCCAAGACUUUUAAAUUAUAUACUUGUUUAAUAUCUCACUUCUAAUUAAAAGCACAAUGGUACUACCUUA